CGAUUUGAUCCUCUACUGCGCUUAUCGUCCUUGUCUUCUCCGACCGAAUUGCUUCAAUUUAACCCGGAAGCAUACUAGCACUUAUCGCUCUCGACAUGCUAAAAAGGAAGGGUUUAGUCGAUCAUUUCACAAGGCGUAAAGGCAGCCCCAAUGGGUGAAUAUCUUUCAAAUUCUCUGCAGUAUGGGCACUUGGGAAGAGUCAUCUAUCAACCAGAGAGUCGGACAUGGACAUUUUCUCGAGUCCUGGGUCACCGGCCUUCGAUCUACUACUCUGGGAACACGACCACCACUGUGAAGUCGCCUCUUACCGCUCCCCAAUCUUCAUUGAUCGAGAACAAAAAUAUACUACCGAAAGUAUAUCCCGAACUUUCCGCCUGUUGGCCAUUGGCUAGCAACGAGUCCCUCUCUCAUAUCAUCACAUCUACGAGUGAGAUUUGCGAUCCUUUGGUUUCCUCACUUCUCGACUUUGGAUAUGCAGUGGAUCUUGACAAUGAUGAUUCGGGAAAUCGAGUUGUUCCCAUCGCCGUUAUGGCGUCCGGAGAAUGCGGCAAUGCCAUUUCCUUCCGGAGAAUGGACGACUGUACCACGCAGCUGAGCUUAGACAAGACGACUUCGCUGCGGGUCCCAACAAUUGGCCAGGCGGAUUCUAUCGAAUGGUUAGCAGGGGGCGCGCCUGUUCGCCAGGUCCGUUUUGCACGUCCGGUGGAAGAAAAGGCUACUUGGGUGGCAGCCCGUUUCCACCAGUCAACUGUGGUGUUUCGACCAAUCUAUCACAGAAAACCGACACCCGUGCGCCUCUCCAAUGACCAAAUGCACAUGAGACGCGCUCAGAAUUCCCGCCUCGAAGCGAAUCCGUUGGUAGAGAUAUCAAAUUCACAGACCGGAGGGUUUGCUCAUGCAGAUGUCGCCUUUAAUCCGUGGUACCAAAAACAGCUUGCCAUUGUCGACCAGAGAGGAAACUGGAGCCUUUGGGAAAUAACGGGACGUCACAGACAAAAUAGGAACAAUUGGACUGCGGCAUGCGUCAGAUCCGGCUCAUUGCCGUCGGUUGAUCCUGAGGUUGGUCAUGAUAUGAUUAAUCAUGCUCGUUAUGACGGCUGGGCCGUCAUUGAAUGGGUUGGAGACUUCAACACUUUUAUAGUUUCUGACCGACGCUGUCCCAUGCUGUACAGGGUAGAGGAUGGGCAGACAUGCACAUAUCCAAUAGAACUGGGUUUAAAACGAAAAUCAGAGUGGAUCUUGGAUGUCAAACGAAGUACUUCCAACGUGUCACACGCCUUCAUCCUUACGACGUCUCGGAUUUUUUGGCUGGAGAUCCCAGGCCCAUCCCCAGCAAAGGGUGAAGAACGAUCUUCUCUUUAUCCCCUGCUUUCUUGGCAGCACUAUCGAGAUCCAGAGGACAUAACAUUGCAAUUGUCGCCUCUAUCUUUCCAAGAAGACUUCUAUAUUGUAUUGUACUCUCGCCUCAGUCAUCUUGCAUUGGUGUUUGAUAUCUCUGCUCGACAACAAACCAACACGGCAAGCCUUCCGGACCCCUUCGUCAUUGAAGUUCCAUUGGCGUCCGAUGAACCCGGGGAGGCUCAAGUCCCUUCCGAUCUCACGCAGUUUGUGUCACUUGCCUUCAGGGAAAUCGUUCAUUCUCCGUCAUCUAUGAGCAAGGAGAAUUAUGAACCUACUUUGAGACUCGUGAAACUUUUCACCUUAGAUUCUCGCCUUUCUGUCUGUGAAUCAAUAUACGUUGCAUCCCCAACUAAUAGUGCGGCGAGCGAGCCGGAACCUGGAAAGGAUGCUAUUCAUGUGAAAAAGAGAUAUACCGGACUUCACACACCUCAAGGAACUAGUUCCCGAGACGAUUUUAUAGUCGACGACGGGGACGAAUCCGCCCUUGGCCCCGGUUCAUUGGUGGCACCGGACUCCGGGAUAUCUCUUCUCGCCCCUCUUGCAAUCCCUCGAUGGGCCAUUGAUUACACACAGGUUUAUGCAAUUGCUGCAGGGAAAUCAACUAGGGUGCCGGAAGAAUUUGGAAAUGAACUUUUUGAAAGGGGCUUUCAAGAUUCUCUUAUAGUCCUGAGGGAUAAAACGGUGAACCAGUCUUCCACUCGUCAUUCAACAAGUCCCACGUUGUUUGAGAUCCUUGGAAGUGGCUCGUUGUUGGGCGAUAUUGACCAAAAUGAACGGAGCCUUGAGGAUUUGCUUUCAGAACUCGAAUGCGACUCUCCUGGUAGCAAAUGCCGACUAGUUUCUCAACUACAAGCCGUGACCGGCUUUCAGUCCAAUGCUAAACAGCCACCUAAUACUUUGCAGUGGAACUUGAUAGCAACCUACGACCGCUUGGUGAACACUUGGCUAAGUGCUUUGCCCCACGACAUACCAGGCCGAACUAGAAUCAUGAAAGAAAAAACAAUUCGACGCAUUACAGGUGAUCUCGCUUUAACACGAGUUAUCAUGGCGCGUGAAUCAGGUUAUGGCUUGGAUGAGUCCGACCCAAGGCGCGCAUCGAACCAAAGAGGCGACUCGUUGGUAUUUGAUGGCACCGUAGGGAAUCCAAGCAGUGAACCUAUCAGUGGCACUGCGCCACAAAGCAGCGCAAGAACGGAAAUGGGUGGGACGGCAACUCAUGAGACUAGUGGUAUCUAUACCAGCUUAUCGGCUCAUACAAAUUCUAUCGACAGACGGACACCCCCUCAAAGUGUGGCGAGCAUACUCGGCCACUGGCCCACCGGCGCCGACCCAGCCACUUAUGACUGGCAGAAGAUAGCAUCAACGCUGGACGUCGAAGAGCCGCACCGGGCUGCUAGAUCGACGACCCCAAAAGCGACGCCGCGGCCGAAGAAGAUUCAAGGACAAGGGGUUGGUUUGGAAUCGUCCGCAACAAACGAGCCUCCGGCUACGUUUACACCUCGGGUUUGGGGUAGUCAGACCCAAGCAGGCGAGAGCUCCAGGGCCAUUCAAAGUAGUCAAGUCAUGGAGGAAGAUCUCCCAAUGACUCAAAUGGAACGCGGUAUAUUUGGGGGUCGCGACGCUGAAAGAAGGGGUGCUGCAAAGGCGCGCAAGAAAAAGAGAGCUGCUGGAUUCUAGGGUUGACUCCAAGA